AUGUUGAGAGUGUUUCUCAACCAGCGGUUAACUGUGGCUGCUGAGGAGAUAUUCGGGGCAGUUGAAAAAACGAUAGCGGAGUACCAGGAAGAGGUUUCUGACCUCCAGCAGCUCAGUGUAUUGGAAGAGGAGGUUCACCCUGAGCAGCAGCCGUGUGAGCAGGAUUGGAGCCGUAGUCUUGGACAGGAGGACAGCGAGCCCAUAUGGAUAAAAAAGGAGCAGGAGGAACUCAAAAAGCAACUUCAGUGGCUGGAGUCUGACACCAGAGAGUUCAUACUUGAUCCUUUCUGUGUAAGUGAUUAUGAUCAGGACCCAACUCAGUCCGUGCAAAUCCAAAGUGAGGAAAAUAGGGAGAGAGACUCUCAACCAAACAUUGUAACUGGACAGAUAAAAACAGAAUCUGAUGGAGAGAACUACAGAAUAUCAGAACCAACCUGUUCUUCAGCUCAGAGUAAAAAUAGUGAACAUGUCAAUGGGAUGGAAAGCAAAAGAGCGCAGUCUGUUUUAAAGUCACACAAACCAAAGACCAGAAGAAAACAAAAAAGGAAACAAACUUAUAGCAGUGCAAAUGGCAUGAAAUGUACUCUAUGUUCUUGUAAGGUUUGUGGGAGGUCUUUUCGGUACAAGCGUCCCUUUUUUAAUCAUGUGCAAAGUCAUGCACAUAUAGAGGAUAAAGAACAUCUCUGUGGUGUGUGUGGAAAGCACCUAGAUUCUAAAGAGAGUAUGAAGGAUCACCUCCAAACUCACGUCGUAGCUGAGCCUGAGUUUUGUCAUGUAUGUGGUAAAAUGUUCACCACGAAGCUUAGGCUGAUAAAGCAUAUGAGGGUUCACACAGGAGAGAAACCAUAUCGCUGCGAUGAUUGUGGCAGGUGUUUCAGUGAUGCUGCCAAUUUGAUCGGACACAAAAGGACUCACACCGGUGAGAAACCAUAUCGCUGUUGGCUGGGCUCCCUGCCUGUGCCAUUAAACCCCUACAACUCAUCCAGAACGCCGCAGCCCCAGCUGAUGUGA